AUGGCAAUGCUUGUAAUUGGUCUUGUAUGUCGAUAUCAUGGAGCUGCAGCUACUAAACUAGCAAAGCUCACAUGCAUCCAACAAAAAUCCUACCUUUCUUCCAGUAAUAAAACAAAUGGAGCAGCAGCUGAGAGACAGAAGCACUUGGCAACUUGGGACAGGUUUGGGAAUUGGUUAAGUGACCCGGUUGUUCUACCACCUCGAAUAGUAAACCUUCGAAGCAACAAGUUUGCCAACCUUGGCUAUGCAAGUCAGAUUGGAAAAAGAAGGGAUAAUGAAGAUCGUUUCAGUAUCGCUGAACUCUCUGAUGGAUUGUUCUGUGUUGCUGUCUUUGAUGGACAUGGAGGGACUGAUGCUGCUGAGUUUUGUUCCCGAUACAUUGGACAAUAUAUUCAACAUAAUCUACAGUCAGAAGUAAAUUUGGAAAAUGUCUUGCUGAAAUCUUUUCUUCAAAUAGAUAGAGACUUCACAGACAACACUUGUGAUUCAGGAGAAGCCACACUGUUCACAUCAGGAACCACUGCAACUGUGGCUUUGUUAAAGGAAGAAUCUCUUCUUAUGGUGGCUAAUGUUGGAGAUAGUCCAGCUAUUCUUUGUCGUGAAGGAAAAGCUGAACAAUUAACUGAAGAUCACACCCCAAGGAGGCAAGAUGAAAGGAAAAGGAUCAAGGAGUGUGGCGGUUUCAUCGACUGGAGUUUUGCCACCAACCCUUACGUGAAUGGUCGAUUGGCAAUGACCCGUAGCAUUGGGGAUGUGGAUCUCAAGCCAUACGGAGUAACUGCUGAGCCAGAAGUUAAGACUGUGGAGUUGGAACAUACAAAAGAUUGUUUCCUUGUCCUGACUACCGACGGAGUUAGUGCGAUUAUGGAGCCCCAAGAAGUGUGUGAUGUUGUAAAAAAAUGCCAAGAUCCACCAGAAGCUGCAGCCGUCAUUAAUGAGCAGGCGUUACAAUAUGGUUCCCAGGAUAACGUGACCACUAUCGUUGUACCGUUUGGAGCAUGGGGAAAGUACAGCACCUCACUCACUUGUACGAGUUUUGGAAGAAUGAUGGUGGCAAGCACUCGAUGGCAUUGA